CUUUAGCGCGUGUGGUUAGGAAGAAUGUGAAAAAUCUCGUAAUCACAUCUUCAACGUGGGCCUUAAGAAGCCAUCCAUUGGCCAAUGGUUGAUAUGAGGAUGAUGCUAGUGCUGAGUGUGUAUAUGAGUUUUGGUUCUUGAGUAACUUGAUUCAUGUGUCAAAGAUUCUGAUGGUUGGUAUUAUUAGCCAUACAUAAGGUUUCUGUAUCGUGUACUGGUGUUGGGUGGGGUUUGUAGACAAUGAGAAGAGGUAGAGGGAAAGGGAAGAAGCAGAGUGCAUCAUCUGCUAGGGAAGAUCAUGGAAGCGGUGAAGAAGAUGAGAAGAUUCCAGCUUACAGGAGAAGAGGAAGGCCACUGAAACCUAUGAAAGAUGAUUUCGAAGAGGAGGAAGAUGAAGAGUUAGAGAAGAUGGAGGAGGAAGAUGAAGAAGAAGAAGAGGAUGAUUCAGUAACAAGUAAAAAAGAAGAGAAAGAAAGGAAGAGGAAGAUGGUUAAUGGAAGCAACACUGAUGUCAAUGAAGAAGAGAAUAAUAGGUUAGGAUCAAAAUCAAGUAGGGAUGAUUCCACCCAGUCCACAUCUACUGGUUUCAGACAGAACGGGAGCAGGAGAAAAAGCAAGCCGAGAAGAGCUGCUGAAGCUGUUGUGGAAUGUAAUGGAGUUUGAGCAAAACUUCUUUGGUCAAGAACCGUCAAGAAACAUGAUGGACACAUUAACUCGAGGCUUCUUCUUCUUUCUGGUUAUCUUACAAGUUUUUUUUUAAGUUAAGAACUUUGGAAAUCUUUUGGUGUAUCAAUCUGCAUUCUCUUUCUUUCUUAUCAAUCUGCGUUUUUUUUUU